AUGGAAGACGAUGAUCUAUUUUUUCAAACAACCUUCAAUGACAUUUUAAUAUCACCAAACGAUCAAUUAUUUGAAAAUAUUAAACGUCCAACAUGUCAACAUUGUGAACGACCAGUGCAAACAUGUUUGUGUUCACAUUUACCCGAUACACCAUUAAAAUUAAAACAAACCACAGUCUAUGUUCUACAACAUAUCAAUGAAAUUAAACGUCCAUUAGGUACUGUUCAAUUAUUAACAAAAUGUUUAGAUAAAGAAUCUUUAAAUGUUAUUCGUUCAAAAAAUUUUUCAUCAACAAAAUAUCCUUGUAUGAAACAAGUCUAUAAUAAUCCGUAUACAUUAUUAUUAUUUCCAAAUCAGAAUUCAAGUCCAUUAGAUGAAUUAUUAAAAGAAGAUUUUUAUAAAAAUAAACAUAUUACACUUGUAGCCAUUGAUGGUACAUGGAAUGAAGCUACUGGAAUAUUUAAUCGUCAUAAUGAAUUGAUUAAUUUAAAAACUUGUUAUUUAAAAAUUGAUAAAGGAAGUGAAUUUGUUAUUCGAACUCAACCAACAGAAAAAACAAUGUCAACAAUAGAAAGUAUUGCACAUUCAUUAAAAUACACUGAACAAAAUGAUGAUAUUUAUGAUAUUAUUGUACGACCAUUAAAACGAAUGGUUUCAAUGCAAUUAGAUAUGGGUGCAUGUUAUCAUCAUGAUAAAUUAACGUUGAUUAAUAAUAAUGAAUUUAAAAAAAAAUGUGGAAAAAAACAAUAUAGACGAUUAUUAGCACUUCAACAUUAG